GCGAGACGCAUACGCUACGGGGACCGUGUUGCAUCCUCCUCCGGCACACUCGCGCCCGAAAACCCACUUUGCACUUCUCUGCGCAAAUCAACGAUUAAAUUCGACGAUGUUUCCCGCGUGUGAAACGAGGUCGCGUUAAUCUAACCACCGUAAACUGUGUGUGUGUGUGACACGUUUAUGCCUGAGCAUUCUACGUAACAGAACAACAAAAAACACUGUGGACAGAGCAGCGGCCGAAAUAGAAAACGGUGGACGUCCGAUCGGACGAAGCUCUCUGUCCGUCUCUCGUGCGCUCGCUUUAGUGGGUUUGGUUCGAUCGAUAAAUACACGGGGUGCGUGUACGUGCACCGCCGUCCAGCAGUCAGAUAACCGGGCGAGGUGUGCGUGAUCGAAUUAAAAAGUCGACCCACAUUUCUUCGCUGUUCUUUUUCUUCUCAUCCGGCGGUUGACCGUCGAUUCGGUUCGUCCGCGAAAGAAUUUGUACGCGCACGACAUGAAGGCGAUGGUGGUGAGCCCCGUGGGCGGCAGAGUGCCGCCGAGCCGCGGUGUCCUGCACAGUAGUCUGGGCAUAAACGGUACUCGUCGCGAUCUCGAGGCAGAGGAAGUGGCCGCUUACCUGACCAAACUGAGGUCCUUGGUCCCCGACAUGCCGAGGAAACGGAAACUGUCCAAGCUCGAGGUGAUCCAGAGGGUGAUCGAGUACAUCUGCGAUCUCCAAACCACCCUCGAGGAGACGAACGUCCACCACGAGUCCAGCAUCGCGAAGACGACGCCGCGACAGCCCCUCCAGCCGCUGUUGAACGCGACGACGACCGUGUCGACGACAUCGCCGACGACCACGACGACCGGACUGGUCACGGAACGGUGACCUGCGUCGGCGGACGAGCUCCAGUAAGGUCCAGGUCGCUCGAGCUUAUCCUCGUGGGCUGACGAGCUGACCUACGGUUUCAACGUCGCUCGGGACCGUUCGAGUCUUCUUCAGGGGAGUCGAUCGAGGGAACCUAUUCUUCUCAGCGUUCCAGAGACGGGUUGCAUUCGGCAUCUCUUCAGGAUCCAAGACCCCGGGACGGUAGACAAGCUUCUUGUCGGAUGCAUUGUGAGACAAGGGAACGGAAAGGGAAUAGAUUCUCAGGUGUUCAGACCCAGUGAGUAGCCGGGGAUGUGUCCGACACCGAGGCACCUGAAAAGAAAACGGAAUGAAGAAAAGGGGAAAGACGAAGAAGAAUUGUAAAGCAGGCCUUUCGCGGCCAAACGAGCUUCUUUCUUCGAAGAAAGAUGUAAAUACUUGUACAUAAACUCGCCGCAUUCCUCGCACAACCUCUCUCAUCGUAAUCGACUCACUUCUACGCCCGUCGUUCCUUUUGAUCCCCCCACCCCCUAUCGAUCACCCUUAAUCCUUGUAAUCCUCUGCGAUAUCCGCGUCUCUGGCCUCCUCCUACCCCUCCCCCCUUCCGUUACAUUUCUUCUUUCGCGUUGAUUUCUCCUCGGUACCGCUGUGUUCUGUGCUGGAGUACAUAAUGCGAGAAGUUGGCUCGAUCUCUCUUCCUCGCGUUCUGUUCGUUCACUUCGAAGUAUCGGUCGCUCACGACCGGUUGGGGGUGAAUCGGUGCAAUUCGCGGGAACAUUUUCACCAGUUUUCUCUGCUGCUCGACGCAUAACCUGGAAUCAAAUUAGUGGCGUUAGAGUAGCUAGCGCACACCCCGCCCAACCGGUCUUGAAUGGAUCUUCUCUUCUUUUCUUUCCUAGUUUUCGCGUGAAAGAGAAAUGUUUAUCGUGUCGCGUUGACCAGAGCCUGUAUUAUUUGAACUCCUGUUGUAGAUAAUAAAACGAAUUAUUUGUAUUAUGAUUAUUCAUUACAUUAAUCGCAAUGUCGAUACUAUAUUAUUAUUAUUAUUAUUAUUAUUAUUAUUAAUAUUAUUAUUAUUAUCACAUGAUUAUUAUCAUUGUUAUUGCUUUUCAUAUUAUAAUUUAGAGAUCUCUCUCCGUAACUAUUGUAUAUUCGCGAAGACUGAAAGGCUGUAAAGUGUAAGUAUAUUGUCGCGCGGGCGUGCCACACUCACGCACGCGAAAUAAAUGCAAACUGUGUCCAUACAAUUACCAAUGCGUUCAUAAUUCUUUGUUCGAAAAUCGAAACCAAAUCCAGACUCCCUAAAAAUUCGUUACUGAACACUAUACAAACGAAUGAUAUCACGAAAUUCCUUUACACUGGCUGGCAAAUUUUGACUUUCGUAAAAGGCAUACUGCGACUGCAUUCUCAUUUUUUAAAUGCGACUUAUCUGCAAUGAAAAUAAUGCGAAACAAAUUCUUAAACGUUUUCAUGAAUCGAUCAUUUAUCGAUUAAUACACACAAAAGUAGGGAUUAACAUUAACGGUAUACCAGGAAGAGAACAUUGUCAUUUACCAUCUGGGCCCAAGUAUCAUUUUUAUCUUUUUUUAUGUUUUUAAAUAGAUUUGCGGAUAAUUUGAGGAGACAGUAAUAAAAAGAGGGUGGAAACAGAAUUAUUAAAAAUUUUAACUUGCUCGAAAAAGAAAAGUAAAAUUGGGUCCAACGGACCCCGAUGGUAUACAAAGAAUUAAAGAUUCCUGACUUAUCUGAUUGCAUCCGACAU